UCCGCCGCCGGUGAGGAGGUAGCAGGGGCAGGUCGACUCUGGCCUGACUCGUUUAGCCUUGGCCCAUUGCCCUAAGUACCUGACUUGAGGGGUUAGUCGUGCUCUCAUCCGGACACAAAAUGGAAGGGGUGUCGAUGGCGCAGAUGCGACUUAAGACGGAGUGUUGGUUUAUGAAAUUUUAUCAUCAAUUCAAAUAGCCAAAUAUGGAAAAUUCUACAAAAGCUGAUGACUAUGAAAAGAUUUCUUUUGAAGAGACAAAAGCAUCAGUAAAUCCUGAAACAGAAUCUUCGUUCAGUAUUAAUGAAAACACAACAGCUUUUGUGACUGGGCCUUCUGAAAAUGCUCCUACCUCUGGCAAAGUAGACACACCAAAAAAGAGAAAAAUGGAGUUUGAAGGUGAUCUUAUAAAGGGAAGUUCCAGUUGUGGGGAAGACAUUCCAACCAAACAAAGAAAACUUGAUGCUGAAAUUGUCUUAGAGGAAAAAGGUUCCAGUGAUGAUGAAGGUGUUACAAAAAAAAGAAAAAUAGAUACUGAUAAUGUUCCAAAAGAUGAACCUUCUACUGGAGAUGGGACUCAGAAAAAGAGAAAGUUAGCACUCGAGGAUCUUCCUGAAAAGGAAAAAAGCUUGGAAGAAGGACACAGCUCAACAGUUGCUGCCCACUACAAUGAACUUCAGGAAGUUGGUUUAGAGAAGCGUAGCCAAAGUCGAAUUUUUUACCUAAGAAACUUUAAUAAUUGGAUGAAAAGUGUCCUUAUUGGGGAAUUUUUAGAAAAGGUGCGACAGAAAAAAAAACGUGAUAUCACUGUUUUGGACCUGGGAUGUGGUAAAGGUGGAGAUUUGCUGAAAUGGAAAAAGGGAAGAAUUAACAAGCUAGUUUGUACUGAUAUCGCUGAUGUUUCCGUCCAGCAGUGUCAGCAGCGGUAUGAGGACAUGAGAAAUCGUUGUCGUGAUAACGAAUAUAUUUUCAAUGCAGAAUUCAUAACCGCUGAUUCUUCAAAGGAACUUUUGGCUGACAAAUUUCAUGAUCCACAAAUGUGCUUUGACAUCUGCAGUUGUCAGUUUGUCUGUCAUUACUCAUUUGAGUCCUAUGAGCAGGCUGACAUGAUGCUCAGAAAUGCAUGUGACAGACUUAGCCCUGGAGGCUAUUUUAUUGGCACCACUCCCAAUAGCUUCGAACUGAUAAAACGCCUUGAAGCUUCAGAAGCAGCAUCAUUUGGAAAUGAAAUAUAUACUGUAAAAUUUCAGAAGAAAGGCGAUUAUCCUUUAUUUGGCUGCAAAUACGAUUUCAACUUGGAAGGUGUUGUGGAUGUCCCUGAAUUCUUGGUCUAUUUUCCAUUGCUAAAUGAAAUGGUGAAGAAGUACAAUAUGAAACUAGUCUACAAAAAGACAUUUCUGGAAUUCUAUGAAGAAAAGAUUAAGAACAGUGAAAAUAAAAUGCUGUUAAAACGAAUGCAGGCCCUAGAGCCAUAUCCUGCAAAUGAGAAUUCCAAACUUGCUUCAGAGAAAGUGGAUGACUAUGAGCAUGCAACAAAGUAUAUGAAAAACAAUCAAGUAAGAUUACCUUUGGGAACCUUAAGUAAAUCGGAAUGGGAAGCUACGAGUAUUUACUUGGUUUUUGCAUUUGAGAAGCAGCAGUGAACAUAUGUACAGCAGUACCAGAACAGCUAUGUUCCAUCUUAUACAAAUUUGAAGGAUCCAUCUUAUAUAGAUUUGACACCUUUGUUUAUUUUAAUUAUUCUAAAUGUGCAGAAUGCUGCCAGAAACUCCAGCAUAUGAGUUCAAUAGUUGCUGUCUGUGACAGAUGAACUUUGGUGUGUGUAUAAAAAUGAGUUGGGACAUUUGUCUUUAAAAAUCUAUUUUUAAGUAAGGUUCUAAGAAUUCCAUUUGCCUCUACUCUGUUAUCUCAUAAAAAUUAUAAUAUGACUUGUUAAAGCAGCUGAACUCUUAACACAGUGCUCUGAUUUGUUUCAUGUUUGUUUACAGUAUUAAAUUUUUAAUAGUUGUAGAAUUGGUGAAGGAGUAUACUGGUUUGUGUGUGUGCAUUCAUUCAUGUAGUUAUAUGGUGUUUUUCAAGUUUAAAUGGAUUGUGUUCUGUACAAUUGAAUAAGUGUUCGAUAUGUAUUGCUAAAGUUAGUUUUAAAACACAGUUUUAGAUGGUCACAAAACUUGAGAUAAGUUAUUUAGCUAGAAUUUUAGCUACUUAAUACUUUUUGGUAUAAUAGUAACUGCUUUAUUUGCCAGUAUGCUGUAAUUCUAGAAGUGUUUAGAACAUUUUAGAUGGCAGCAUAGAAUUGUUUUUGAGCUUUUUAGGCUUUCUUUUAAGAUUUUCAUACCAUAGCAGUUAAUGGUUCCAGUUAUCAAGAAUGUAAUUAAACAUUUACAUUUCUUAAUUGAACAAAGAUGCUAUGGUUGUUUUUCUCAGGAUUGAAUGAAGAUCUCUCCUUUCUAAACACUGCACUUUUUUUUCUCAGAUUUACAAAUGGAACUAUAAUAGUAGGGUAUGACUGUAAAGGAAGCAGAAAGAUGGAUGUCAGGUUAAUUCUCACUGAUGUUAGAUCUAGGCUACUGAUACUAUGUGCUAUAGAUCAGUUAUACCCUUCAGCCCAGAAAAAAAGCAAUAUUUAUUCCUCCUCUUAUAACAUCAGUAUUUUGCACAGUAGGAUCCAGUGUCUAAUCUCUAUUAAAAAAUUUUAUUUGCCAUUUCAGACCCAUUACAAUGGUCAGCCCUGGCAUCUUGCUUGACUUCUCCUCCAGAACUGACACCUAGGUGAGCUUUUUCCUUACUUUGCAGCACAGUCUGGAGAACUUGCUACAGCAAAGCAGUUAUAUACAUAGCAAUUAUUGCAUAUUCUUGUAAAAAUCAUUUAUUUAAGGUAUAGUUUAAAAAGACAUUACUUUCUAUACUUACCUGGAGUACUUUUUUAAAAAAGUAGUCUCUUAAUUAGUUGAUAUAUGUUGAUUGUUCAUGGUGUUAUAGUAGCAGACUUUUUAACAAGAAAACAUGGGUUUCCUGGUUUCUGUUCCUUCUGCAGUCUGUCAAUGUCCAGACUGUUACCAGUUUGCAAAAAUUGGCAUUGAGUCUUUUGGGCUUAGUGGUGGUUUGCCAUAAGUCAUUUGAGGAAAUAGAUAAUAGUACAACUGACUGUGGUGGCUGUCAUUAGCUAGGAAAGGUUUGGUAAUGGUGCUGAGAAGAUGGGAAAGCUUAGCUCUUAACUGUUUUAUAUCCAGGUUCAUUUUUCAUUCUGGGGAAAGUGCCAGAAAAUAUUUUGGUAGUUUGAUAGGGAACAAAAAGCUGCUUUAUUAUUAAUAAGUAUCACUAUUCUAAUUUUAUGGUCUUAGUUAAUUCUAAGCAGGUAAUAAAACAUAUUUUUAGCCUCCUUCUGCCCUUUCCUUUCUGUGGAUAACUUGAGGGAGAAAAGAAUCCCCCCCAGAGUAUGGAGGAAUUGGUGAUAGUACAGAGAAGAGAGAAAAAGAAAUUAGAAUCCCUGGGGCAUUUAGUGAAUAGAGAAAUGUAAAGGUCUAGAAUGGAUCUAAGAAGGGACCUUGGGACAGGGCACUCCAUUCGAAGUUCCUUGGAGAAGAGGGCAGGUUAAGGCAAUUGCCCUUCUCCUUGAGUUUUGUUUGCCUUAUUGCCUUCGCUUGUCUUCCUUCCACUUCCCCACAUCUCCUUACUGCAGUUAAGUGUCUGGGCAGUAACUCUAGAAGAGUCACUCAAGAAGAAUGUUAGGGAAAAGACUGGGAAACGUGGUCCAUGCCCACACUCUUUCUUCUGUCAUCGAAGUAAAAGCUGGUAAAGCUGUGCCCCACACAUCCUAUAGGCUAUGUUGAGUGGUUUUCCUUUCAUGACUUUGUAACUUGUAAGAGGCAGAGGGAUUUUCCCAAAUCAUGGCUUGUUACUGCAGGGUCAGAAAGAAUGCCUUUUCGUAGCUCCAUGAUGUAGGCAGUUCAUGGAAAUGACACCAGGGCAGUCCCAGAAUUGCCAUUCAGUUUAUCCUCCAAGGAGGAAAUUAGAAAUGAGGAUCAACUCAGCCAUUUGUGGAAGUGACAUUGCCUAAGAUUGGGAGGAAAGACUAGGGAUGUGACUAAAUAAAAAAGCUGACAUUGAAUUCUUUGAACCCAGAACAUACUAAUGGAAAAGGACUACAUGGCCACAGUGUUCAGGGAGACAAAUUGGCAGUGCUUCCAGUGGCAUCCAAAGGGGAGAGGUCCUUGACUGCAGAGGUUAUUGCCUGCUAGGUAGUGAUGGAUGGCGGUCAUGCACUCAGCUCAUCCCUCUUGCUCUCUCAGUGCCACCCAGCAAUUCUGGUUCAGAUGACUUCCCAAAUAAAUUUUCCUGCAGGGAAAGAAAGCAUUGUUUAGAGACUUUGACUUACAUUAAUUAAUCUGUAUAAUUACUCUGUGAGGUAGAUUAUCAGUAGAAUGAAUUUCCUAGCCCUACUGCUAAUUUCAAAAUAAGGAGAUAAGAUUGCUGUCUGAAUUCAAGUAUUAAUAUGGUUCAUAGAGACCCAGAGCAGAGAUUCACAAAGUGGGACUGGCUUCUAGGCAGGGUGUGAUCUUUUUUAGCAAUAGAAAAGCAGAGAAAGUAUGUCAGCAGCACAUCCUAUAUUUCCAAUCCUUUUAGCUUUUCUGGGGAUUUCCUCUUCAGCCUGACUUAGCCUAUUGCCAUUAUGCUAUUCUGAUAUGUAUUCACAUACCCUUCUGAUGAAAAUUUGGCUUCUAGUGUAGGUCAUUCUCCAGGCAAAAAAUGCCAAUGUGACUAUUGUAGCCACUGAACAUUUUUUAUUUUUCCUUGUUAAUAAAGUGACUUUUUGUUGUCUGCCUCAGGCUUUGUAUGUUUGGGCUAUCAUGAACCAGUCACUGCAGAGGUCUCUAGGUCUUCAGAGUAGAGGCCAGAUCCAGGGUACCAAAGUCCUGUGAUUUGGCCCAUUGGCAUCAGUGUAGGAUGUCACCACAUCCCCAGUUUCUGUUACAUCAAAUACUACACACGUGGUAAGUUUUAUUCCACUUCCUCCCCUCUGACAGUGAUGUUCCUGAUUCUUUGAAGGCAGCUGAUGCAAUGGCUGCUACAGUUGUCAGUACUGGUUUAGCAGAUAUUCAUGGGACUGGGGCCCUCCUCCACCUCCUGUCCUCAGUCCAGUAUUGAGGAAGCAUGGGACACCCAACAAUACUCUCCACAGUUUGGCUGUGGAGACCUUUGGGUAAGCCCCAAAAGCUGUCUGCUCCCUGGGCUUCCCCUGGACCAUGCUUCCUUUGCAGUCACACACUUUGGACAAGACCAAGUCAACAGAUAACGUUUAUUAAGCUAUGUUAGGUAAAUCACUUUUCUAAUGUUUUACAUGUGUUAACUCAUUUUGAUUCUUUUAACAACUGUAUGAGGUAUGCACCAUUAUCCCCAUUUUAAUGAUAGGGGGAAACUGAGGCCCAGGGAGAAUACAGACUUGCCCAAAGUAGAGCCAGGAGUUGAACAUACCAGCCAUCCCCACCCCAAGUCACGCAGCAGAACCUGCCAUCCAUUUGCAUGUUAUAUACCUCCAGGGACCUCCUUGGCCAUCCACAACUUAACCUCUUGAAAUGUUUUCUGUUAAUACAUAUGAUCAAUUCUCAGAACAAAAAAAUACUACUAGCACCCUAGAAGCCUCUGUCAGGCUCCCUUCCAGUUACUACCUCUGUAAGGGUAACCACUAUCCAGACUUCCAGUAGCAUUAAUUUUAUCUGUUUGGGGCAUCAUAUGAAUGCAGUCAAAUAGUAUGUAUUUUGCAUCUGGCUUCUUUUGCUGAACAGUGUGUUUGUGAGAUUUUUGUUGCAUGUACUUGUACAUAGUUUAUUCUUGUAUCUGGAUGGUGUUCCAUUGUAUGAAUUAAAAAAACACUAUUUA